AUGAUCUACCUACUGGAGACUGCUGUUGGAUAUGUGGUGCUCGACAAGGCGGACGGAUCCCAAGAGGCACAAGUGGUCGAGAUAUACAAGUUCGGGAGUAUUGAAGAGGCGCUGGAGUCGUCAACACUGUUGGCUAGGGGGGAGGUUCCAAGCAAUCUGGAGAGCUUUAUGAGGCUUGUGGAGGUCAAGAGCAAGGAGACACUGGUUGUGAACGACCAGAAGCUGGUAGAGCCCUUGGAGAAGAAGCUUUCUCGGAAGGUUGUGUAUCUGCAUGACAGUGUCCAGAGGUCCAUGAGAUCUUGUGUCCACGAGUAUUUUGGGAUGAACAGCUCCGAGUACUCCGAAAGGAUUCUCUGUCUGGCACACAAGAUAUCGAUGGGGAAGGUCAAUCUUGUGCCCGAGAAGAUCGACACGAUAGUGAUCCAGUCUGUGUCGCUGCUGGAUGACAUGGACAGAGACAUCAAUCUCCAUUGCAUGCGACUCAAGGAGUGGUAUGGGUUUCAUUUCCCCGAGCUGUCAUCUGUGACAGAUAACAACAGGAAGUAUCUGGAUCUUGUUGUGGCGAUUGGGAGGAAGGGAAGAAUUGGUGAGGAAAAGAAGGAGAUGAUCAGAGAGGUGAUUGGGGAUGGAUGCGAAAAGGUGAUGAGGCUGGCUGAGACGAGCAUGGGCGUUAUGAUGGAGGAGUCUGAUAUUCUGAAUAUAGUGGAGGAUGCAAAAAGCGUGCUCCGGAGCUUUGAGUUCCGGGAUGAGUUGCUAGAGUACAUCCGGGUGAAAAUGGAGGGUCUUGCACCGAGCCUGACAGCAUUGGUUGGCGAGGUGAUUGGAGGCAGGAUGAUAAGCAAGGCAGGGUCUUUGUCCAAUCUUGCAAAGAUGCCUGGAUCGUCGAUCCAAAUGAUGGGGGCUGAGAAGGCUCUGUUCCAGGCCCUGAAGUCAAGGACAAACACCCCGAAGUAUGGAAUUAUCUACGGAUGCUCUCUCUUGGGACAGGUCCCUUCCCAGCACAAAGGGAAGAUAGCCAGGAGUCUGGCCUCGAAGAUUGCCAUAGCAGCCAGGAUCGACUCGUAUGGUGAGGAGAGCACCGGCGAGAUUGGAGUAAAGAUGCGGGAGAAGAUCGAAAAGAGGAUCAAGGAUCUGGAGGCAAGAAGCCAUGCUGCAAAGAAGGCGGUGAAAAAGCUUAAGUAUGAGGUAAGACCAGACUUCUAUGAUGACUCGAAGGACUCCAAGAGAAUUAAGUCGAAGUAA